CUGCCCCCACAUCGCUCCAUAUUACCUUACUGUCAUCUUUUACCCAUCUUUUACCCACUAUAUAUAUAUAUAUAUAUUAUAUACUUCUCUGUUCUUCGUCGUCUUCUUCCAUUACCAUCUACAAUGGCUGUCCAAGCUCAAUACCCAUCUAAUGUUUUGCUCCUAAACAGAAACGGGCAGGAUCAGAAGAACUUGCUUGGAAGCGAUUAUACCUUGCAGCCACAACUGGGUGGAUUCCUUGAUCAAUCCCAUAUGUUUUUCAAUAAUGGAGUGGGCGUUAACCCACGCAAGAGGGGACGAGAAACUGUUGCUUCUGCUGCAACUGCCACUGCCGCUGCCGCUGCCGUUGCAGCACCAAUCAAUCUAUUCACUCUGCAAUCUCAGCCUCAACCGACGCUUGUAAAUCUUGCUCAACUCCAAAACCAACAACCCAACGUCGUCUCCACUGGUCUUCGUUUGUCUUUCGGAGAACAACAACAACAACAGAGUUUCUUUAAUUCCUCUUACAAUAGUACUCUCACAUCCUUCAUAUCAGAAGAACUCGCCCCACAAAUCAAAGAACAGAGAGAUGAAAUCGAGCAAUUCCUCCAAACCCAGGGGGAACAGCUAAGGCGCACAUUAGCAGAAAGACGGCAGAUGCACUACCGUGUCCUUCUGGGGGCAGCAGAAGAAUCAGCCUCAAGGAGAAUCAGAGAGAAAGACGCAGAGGUGGAGAAGGCAGUUCGCCGGAACGCCGAGUUAGAAGAACGAGUGGCACAACUCAAGAUUGAAGCUCAAGUAUGGGAAGCCAAGGCGAGAGCACAAGAGGCCACGGCAGCAUCGUUGCAGGCGCAACUACAGCAGGCCAUGAUGGGCGGUGGAGUAGCGGAGCAUAGGGCGGAGGACGCCGAGUCUGGUGGUGGUUGUCAGGGGCACGCGGAAGAUGCCGAAUCGGCUCAUAUUGACCCGGACAGAGUUGUGGUGUCGAAUGGACCGAUGUGUAAAGCGUGUUGGAAACGAUCGGCUUCGGUGGUGCUGAUGCCGUGUAAACAUCUCUGCCUGUGUACGCCCUGUGACGCCGCCGUGGAUUCCUGUCCUCUCUGUUACUAUCCCCGAAGUGGCAGCGUUGAAGUCUUCCUCACUUGAAAGAAAGCCCAAUGGGCUCAGAGCUCAGGCCUAGACCCCUCAUGUGGCCCAAAUCCAGUACAG